AUGGCGGCGGCCUCGGAAGACUGCCCAAGUGGGGCCGAGGAGGGCGGACGGCUGGCGGAGGAGUCCAAGGCGGAAGGGAACGGGCUGUUCAAAGACCACCACUUCGCCCAGGCUGUGGAGGCCUACAGUCGGGCGAUCGACUUGAGCCCUGACAACGCGAUCUACUACGCGAAUAGGGCUGCUGCUCACAUACGGCUUGAGAACUAUGGAUCAGCUCUCGAGGAUGCCACAAAGGCAAUGGAAAUCGACCCCAAAUACAUCAAGGCAUACUACCGAAGGGGGGAUGCGAACUUUGCUCUGGGGAAGUUCAAGGAGGCACUCAAGGAUUUGAAGAAGGCUGCAGAAGUGGCACCUAGAGAUCCUGCUCUGAGGAAAAAAUUGCUAGAAUGCUCAAAGGAGGUGAAGCGAAUCAGAUUUGAAGAGGCGCUUGCUGUUGAGCAUGAUCAAGAGCCUCCCAGAUCUGAGACGCUUGAUCUGGACACCAUGACAGUGGAAGAGUCAUACAAGGGCCCAAGGAUGGACUGCAGCAAAGAUGGAAAAUACAUGAUCACUGUGGAGUUUGUCAAGGAUAUGAUGGAAGAAUUCAAGGAACAGCGUCUGGUUCACAAACGUUUCGCAUUUGAGAUUAUCCUCAUGGCACAAAAGAUUUUUAAGAGCAAGGAAAAUGUGGUGCACGUCGAUGUUCCCCAAGACUCGCACAUCACAGUGUGUGGGGACGUUCAUGGGCAGUACUAUGACCUGCUCAACAUCUUUGACAUUAAUGGACUUCCAUCAGAAGAGAAUCCAUACCUCUUUAAUGGCGAUUUUGUCGAUCGAGGUUCUUUCUCAGUGGAAGUUAUCUUGGCUUUGCUUGCCUUCAAAUGCUUGUAUCCCAACCACUUCCACCUCACACGGGGCAACCACGAAUCCAGAGCGAUGAACAAGAUGUAUGGCUUCGACGGAGAGGUGAAACACAAGUACAAUGGCACCAUGGCAGAGAUCUUUCGCGAGACAUUCUGUUGGAUGCCCCUUGCUUUUGUCCUUGGGGGAAAAGUCCUUGUGCUGCAUGGAGGGCUCUUCACACAGGACGGCGUCACUCUUGAGGACAUCAAUAAACUUGACAGAAACAGGGAACCUCCUGAUGACGGGAUUAUGUGUGAGAUCCUCUGGAGCGACCCGCACCCACUGCCAGGCAGAAGGGCCAGCCAACGUGGCGUUGGUGUUGCAUUUGGUCCUGAUGUCACGAAAGCCUUCCUGGACAACAACAAACUGGACCUCGUCGUCCGAAGCCACGAAGUGAAGGAGGAAGGUUACGAGAUAGCCCAUGAUGGGCGCUUGAUCACCAUAUUCAGUGCACCCAAUUACUGCGAUUCGAUGGGGAACAAGGCUGCCUUCGUCAAGUUCAACGGCAGCGACAUGGUGCCCCACUUCACCCAGUUUUCGGCGGUGCCUCACCCCAGUGUGCGCCCUAUGGCGUAUGCGAACUCCUUCCUCUCUGGGCUAGGAGGCUGA